AAAAGGUUCUAUUUUUUGAGGGACCCUGCAAUGCAGUUGCUCAAUUUAGCACUAGUUUGAGUUAAGAAACCAAAGAGGGUGUUGAAAUGCUGAAGCAGCAUCACUGCAAUCCUACUGGACCCUGAAUACAUCUCCAUUUUGUAUUUGCUUUAACUCCACUCUAUCAUUUUCAGCGGAGUUCAUUCUAUGGAGCAGCCCUAUGAAGUUCCUCUGCAAACCCUCAACAUCACUAGGCACAAGUGCUCAGCUUGUUACAAGCAGUAUAACAAGAAGGAGCAUCUUAUUGAACAUAUGAAAACCUCUAAUCACUCGGUUCAUGACCCUAAGUGUGGUGCGUGUAACAAGCAUUGCAAAUCGUUCGAAUCACUAAGGGAGCACGUUGCUGGUCCUCUGUCCAAAGCGAAUUGUUCAAGCAUCUUUGCAGAAAGAGGCUGCACUUUGUGUCUGAAAAUCUGUGGAAGCGUAGACUCUCUCAACGAGCAUAAGGAAAUGUGUCAUCUAACCACUCCUCGACCCAUUGACACAGUGGAGAUGCUUAAUUCAGAAUAUGAAGUUGAUAUAAGUAGUGGAAAUGGCAGCAUAAGAAGUCAGGAAGCAGUUGCCAUAGAUUGUGAAAUGGUUGGAUGUGGAAGUGAUGGAUCGCUAGAUUAUUGCGCAAGGGUAUGCCUAGUGGACGAAGAAGAGAGGCUUAUUUUCCACACUUAUGUUCAACCUCAGUUACCUGUUACUGAUUAUAGGUAUGAAAUUACUGGUAUAACAGAGGAGAAUCUACGAGAUGCCAUGCCUCUGAAUGAAGUCCGGCAGAGAAUUCUGCAGAUUCUUUACAAUGGAGAGUCAAUUGCUAGAGCAAGAUUGAAUGGUGGAAGAGCAAACGUACUUGUGGGCCAUAACCUUGCGCAUCACCUGGAUUGCUUGGUGAUGGCUUAUCCUGAUCGUCUUCUGAGAGAUACUGCAACAUACCGCCCCCUGAUGAAGACCAACUUCGUCAGCCACUCUCUCAAAUAUUUAACCAAGACUUAUCUAGGAUAUGAUAUCCAAGUUGGUUUCCAUGAUCCUUACCAAGAUUCUGUGUCUGUCAUGCGGCUGUAUAAGAGGAUCCGCUCACAAGACCACCCGAUGGAAGAGACCACGAGGGUACCAAAUUCAUCCCCAAGCUUUAGCAGUAUCUCUGAUCCAUGGAAAUCCAUGACACACGAGAAAAUGACACCAAACUACAGGUGUUGGUGCCUUGAUUCUCGGGAAGCAGUGCAAAGGCGAUGAUGAUGCUCUCUCCUUACUUAUGAAUCCAGUUAUUGACUAUACAUUUGAUCUGAGGUUGACAUUUUAUCUUUUCAAGAAAAUGACCUGCUCCCUUGAUUGGGAAGGCUGUUAUUUAAAAGCUACCUUGGAAAUCUAGACAAGGGGGAAGAUUUUUGUGCAUUUAAUUAGGAGGCUGCUAGCAGAAGGUUUUUAGUUACUGAAGUGUCAAUGAGUAGAACUAUAUGUUUUUCCUUGGUAAAAGUUAUACCUUAUCUGCCCUAAUAUCAUCCUUGGGGAUUCUUCUGGUUUGAUGUUUCAGCUUUAAUUCAAAGGAAAUAGAGUUACUGGAUUUUGUUAUUGCA